CCAGACCAAACACUGGUCAUUUGCGUCCGGCCACGCUUUAUUCUUUAGAUACAACCUACUUUGGUACACGGUCCCGUCCAGCGACAGAGCGUCGUCUCCAUCCAUACCUUGAAAUGGCCCAGAAUGAGCGUACCCUCCCAGAACUGAUGCAGAGGAGGAAGCAUACCGAUGAUAUUAUUGGAGGAAACCAAGCACAUCUUAAUACAGUGGCCUCUGCUGCUGGUUCAGCAGGUGUUAUACAGGGUGGUGGAGUCUCGUCCCAGCAACUCUGGCUGCAGUCAGGCUGUGCCACCCCAAUUCUUGGAAUGAAUCCUGGUGUCAGCGCUCCUUCGAUCGGAGAUCGGCCAAGCGCCAAUCCUGUGUUCCCGUAUGAGCAGCUGGGUCUGCACAGCGCGUCCCAGGGAACUUUCCCGAACCGGGUACCAACUGCUGGUAUCAGUAUGGUUCCCGUACCACAGGGACCGUCAUCGUCAUCCGUGAUGCCGAACGGGAUGCAACCCCCGCAGUUAACUGAGAAGAAACAAACCAUCCAAUCGCGACCCAUUCUACCGCUAACUCAGGCGCAGCUCGCACACGCAGAGGACAUGAUCCAGAAUCUGAAGUACGCUUACUCCGCAAAACUCCCGACGAUGCAACUACACGAAUUGUCAGACGGCCGGCGAACGGAGUACAGCAGGCUAUUACAGCAGCUUCACGAGAUGACUCAGGACCUCGAUGUCAGACUACCACUGUACUGGAUUGUUUUGAGAUCGGAUAAUAUGAUCCGCAACCUCGUCGCAAUCAUCUCAUUGGUGGCAUAUCAAAUGGCCAGUUAUUUGACAGUGUCAAAUCUGGUCAUAAUUGAUCCCUCCGCUCUAAAGAGCAUGCGUAGCUUACUACACAGUGUUAUCGAACACUUCAGGCAUCAGACGAUGGAAGCUGCCGUUGCACCGUAACAAAUGGGUGAUGGACUUGCUGGUGCUGUCAUAAAUCGACUAUCCUCCCCAUCUUCUACUCCCGACAUCAUUCCCUCCGCUCAGUCUAUCCCUCCAUUUCUCAUCCCAGACUUAACUGGACGUAUCACCCGAUGCAGCCAAGACCCCGUCUCUGGCGGUACAUACGGAAAUAUCUACAAAUGUAUUUACCACGGGCCAGAUGGCGAUGUAGAGGUUCGCGUGGAUGUUACAGUUCACCGA